AUGUCUUUGAAAAGUUUUCCAAUUAUUUUCAUCAAUAUGGGAGGCGAAAUGGUAUAUAUAUUAGAGCAACGUUUAUCCGCACAAGAGAUUGUCGAUCAAAAGGCAACUAAAGUCAUUAAUGAUAUUGUCAGUGCAAUGUUCAAUGGGAAAUUUAUCGAAGAAUUGUUUCGACCGCAAGAACUCUAUCCGAAAAAAGCAGUGAAGCAUAUUUUUGAAAAAGUUGCUCAUUCAAGCAUCAUGCGUUUGAAUGAAGCAAGUAUGGACAAAUUAUAUGAUUUGAUGACGAUGUCUGUGAAAUUUCAAAUUAUGCUCUGUCCAUGUGCGUCGGACAUUAUGAAAGUAACGUACAAUCAUGUGAAUUCUAUGAGAAAACUGGUUCGUAGUUCGGCUGUACUUGACCAAUUGGACAAAGCAUUCAUUGCAUUUAAUAAGCAAUAUGAACGACUGAAUGAUGUGGAAUGGUUACUAAUUCGCGAUACAAUUCUAUUCUUUUUCCAAGAUAUUCAUAUCCGAGUAUCGAUUUUCUUACGAGAAAAUUUACAAACUCAACAUGGUCAAUUCAUUAUGAAUACAGAUGGAAUUGUUCCUACUGGUUUUCAACCUCCCGGUGAAAUUCGAACAUACAAACGUGGCCGUUUAAAUCAUACGCAAACAUUCGAUGCUGGUGAACGUCAUGAACCACCCGAUGAGACACGUACUUUUCGUUUAGGUUUAAAUAUUUACUCAAAGAGUAAAAACGCAGAUGCUAAUCUGUUAAGUGACACAGUUGUCCGUCAUCCACCGGUACAAGUUAGUGCUUCAUCAGAUAUCGAAAUGAUUAAUCCUGAUCCGAAGAUGAUUGCUCAAUUAAAUUUACUUUCCGAUCUCAUUGGAAGUAGCUCAAGUGGCGAUUCAUCACGAUCUGGUAUUGUUAAGUUAUCAUUGUUCGACGAUGAUGAAGACGAUGAAGAAGAUAUUCGUCGAUCGCACACAACUCAUGUACAAACUUCAUCAAGAGACCAUCGACCGAAAAAUGAGGAUAUCACAAUCGAUGUAUCGAAUCGAAAUCGAAAUGCACGAUUGACUAAUGUACUACAUGAUUUGGAUUUUGACAAUCCGCCAGCGCGGCAUGGACGGAAGAAUUAUGACGAUGACGAUGAUUUAUGUUCAAUGAUGGAUCGCUUACCAAACAUAACUUUGAUGUGUAAUAUGAUCAAUGUCAGCAGCAUAUUUUUGAACAAUAUCUAUCUUUAUGAAAUAAAAUCAGAAAAUAAUCUAUUGCAUCAGCACAAAUAG